AUGGGACCGAACUAAAUCAGGGACCACCAAGCCUCAAGGUCAAACUGUUCAUCCCGGAUUGCUCAUUGAUCUGUUCUGUAUAUGCCAUCCUCUGGCUUUUCUUCCAAACCACUACUUGAUCCAGAAUCACAAUGGAUUCCUCAACUGAGAUACUCGACCCGGCUACGGGCCGGCCCCUACCCUCAGACGCCAUCGUGCGAGUCCUCCACGUAACCCACCCAGUCCACGUCUACGCCAUCCCUCCCGGAACACUAUCCACCAAGGCCGGCUACGCAGCCGCGUCAUGGACAGCCGAUCCGCGCAACCACAUCUUUACCGCCCGUCUGCGCGUGCUCGAGACAUCCUAUACCACUUCCGGCACCACCACCACCUCCUCCUCCACCAAUGACGAUGAUAGUGAGCAAACCGUCAUCAAAACAAACGUGCUGCUCGAAGACCCAACAUCAGGCGCCCUCUUCGCCGCGGCGCCCUACACCUCAUCCGCCGCCGUCGAGCCCUGCAGCGACAGCAGCCGAUUCUUUGCGCUGCGCGUGCAGGACCCGUCGACGGGCCGCAAGGCGACGCUGGGCGUCGGCUUCGAGGAGCGCAGCGACGCGUUCGAUUUUGGCGUCGUCCUGCAGGAGGCGCUGCGCGUCAGUUCAGGCAAUAGUACUAGUGCGGGUGCUAAGCCAACGUCGGCACCGUCAAGAAAGGGGCUGAUGGAUGACGGGCCUUCUUCUUCUUCUGGAAAGGGUCGGUCGCGGAGUGAUGGGCGUGAUGAUAAUGAUGGUGGUGGUGGCGGCGGUGGUAAUGGGGAGAAGAAGGAUCUCAGUUUGAAGGAGGGGGAGACUAUCACGAUCAAUCUGAAAGGGACCAGGUUUGGGCGACGGGCUGCUGGUCCUGGUGAUGGUGGGCGGCAGCAGCAGCAGGGAGGGAAAGAGGAGGCGGCGGCGGAUGGGAGGAGUCUGGCGUCCUUUGCGCUGCCCCCGCCGCCGGGGAGUAAUACUGCUACCACUGCAGGUACGGGAGGGGGUGCGUUCCUGCCACCACCGCCCAGUGCAAGGGAGGUGAGGGCACAAAAGAGGUUGUCUGCGCAGGACUUGGGAUUUGAUGAUGGCCAAUUUGGCGAGUUCGCAUGAGAUUAUGCGCUGACGAUGAUGAUAAUGGUGUUGUUGAUUGACAAACUGUAUAGAUCUGCCCUGUCGGCCUCUUUCCAGCGAUUACCCCUUAAUCAAAUACUAAAUAAUGAUGCCACCAAAAGCGCAC